AUGAAGUUCGUCUCAGCUUGCGUUGCUGCAUUCGCCGCUUUGACUGUUGCUUCGUCCGCCGACACUUCCACUGAUGCUGUGGAGCGCAGGCUUAUCCUCGGUGGAACUAUCGUUCCCAAGGGCAGAAAGACCUACUUUGCUGGCAUGCGCAAAACGGCCGAGGGCAAGAACUUCUGCGGCGGUACUCUCAUCAGCCCAAUUCACGUGCUCACGGCCUCGCAUUGCGUCACGUACGAUAUCCGCUGGGUUUCGAUCGGCUCGCAUUUCAACAACGGCACCGACGACGGAGAGCAGAUCAGGGUCCUGGCGGUAAUGAACCACCCCAAUUUUACUGAGGAGCUGAAAUUCUCCAACGACUUUGCCAUCUUGGAGCUGGAGGUCCCGUCGUCGAUCAAACCUGCAAAGUUGGCCAAGGCUGAUGAUUUGGAUUUCAAGGACGGUGCCACAGUGACUACCGUGGGAACGGGACGGACGUCGGAGGGAGCGACGGCGAUGGCAGGUCAUGAGCUGCAGCGUGUGGAUUCGACAAUUAUUACCAACGAACAGUGUGCAGAGUACGGCAAGAUCACCGUAGACGACUCUAUGCUUUGUGUGGGUGGACAGAUCAGCAUGGGUUACUGUGACGGCGACACGGGUGGCCCCGCCUUCAUUGAGUACUCCGACAACGAUGCCGACGACGUAGUGGUUGGUGUGGUAAGCUGGCGCAACUGGCGAGAUGGUAAGGUAUGCGGUCGCGGAAAGAGCUUGCCAAUGGUGUACUCGCGCGUAUCGCACGCUCGGUCUUGGAUCGAUCCCAUUAGGAAGUCCUCGUGCUUCGAGUAA